CAUGAAGUUAACAAACGGUCGAUGAUUUAUUUACUGGUAUGCUAUAGAAGCAGGCAAGAUCGUGACCGAGUUGCACCCAAACGGAUAAUUCUCCACAAUAUCAUCCAUCCAGACGAACUGCCGGACACUCCCGGCAUUCACAAGCUUUAACUCAGCCCCCAAUCAAAUUGACCUCAACUCAAACCCAGCGACGAACCAUGGCUGCACCAUCAACAUAUACCCCCGAUAAGCUGGAGCUCUACCUGGAGCGCAUUGGGUUCCCUAAUGCCACGCCUGGUAGCAGACAACUGGAAUAUGUCCGCGACUCUAUCCAGAAACGCCCUCUGGCCACUUUGACCGAGCUGCAGCGAGCACACAUAACCUCGAUUCCGUGGGGGAAUUCGGGGCUUCACUACUCAGCGCACCACUCCAUCUCAAUCCGUCCGGCAUGCGUCUUCGAGAAAUUGGUGUCCCGCCGGCUUGACGGCUACUGCAUGGAGAAUACUAUGCUGUUCUACCAUGUCCUCCGAUCGCUGGGGUACACGGUCUACCCAACCGGAGGGCGAGUGAACACUGCAGCCUCCGAUGCGUCGACCGACAGCCGCAACUGGUUGUUUGUAGGCACGACACACAUGGUCUUGAUUGUGACCAUCGACGGCGAGAAAUACGCGGUGGACGUCGGGUUCGGCAACAACGGGCCUACCUGCCCCUUGCCGCUGCAGCAUGGAAGCGCGCGGGUGAAUAUAGCCCCGUCGGAAAUGCGGCUCAUCUACGAUACUUUGCCCGAAUUCGUGGACCAGACGCAGAAGGUUUGGAUAUACCAGGUCCGGUAUACGCGGGACAGCACCUGGAUGCCCAUGUACUCGUUCUCCGAGGUGGAGUUCCUCCCGCAGGAUUUCGAGGUCAUGAACUUUGCCACCAGUCAGCGGCGAACGAGCUGGUUCACCCAGACGCUGGUUUGCACGCGGAUGCUGCUGGAUGACAGCGGACAAGGAGUUAAAGGGCUCUGUAUCCUGGCUGGAAACACAGUGAAGGUAAGGGCAGCCGGACAUUCGGAGGUGGUCGAAACCUUGAAAAGCGAGGACGACCGCGUCAAGGCGUUGGCCAAAUGGUUCGAUAUGCACUUCCAAAGGCAUGAAAUCGAAGGCAUUCGCGGGUUGGUCUCUCAAAUCAAAUAGAAUGUUUGGACAUUUUUGGAAUUCUACCGUCGCAGCGAGGAAAUCGCUGGCUCGGCGACAAUUGUACAGAUAACAAAGAAUGAGGUUAUUCUUUCUAACCCGAGGCGUGGAUAUUUCUCUCAAAGCUAAUGCAGGACGAACAAAUGAGGCACAAAUAGAUAAUUGCAGACAUGGCGCAGAGAUCGCCUUAGUAAAUCCGUUUCUCGAGCUGCAGCACAGGUCAGUCGUCUGAACAGGAAGCGCGCAUAGCAACCAAAAGCAGGUAGCACUGUACCUUCCAGGGGUUGUUGAGUUCGAAGCCCGUGGGGGCUGUGGGG